GGGACAGAUGAGUAGUUUUCUUCUCUCAACAGCUAAUCAACAAGAGAUUACAGCAUUGGACAACAAGAUUCAUGAGACAAUUGAAUCCAUAAAUCAGUUAAAAAUACAACGUGAUUUCAUGCUGAGUUUCUCUAAAGAUCCCAAAGGAUACAUCCAAGACCUUCUCCGGUCCCAAAGUAGGGAUCUUAAGGUGAUGACUGAUGUAGUUGGAAACCCAGAGGAAGAACGCAGAGCUGAAUUUUAUCAUGAGCCAUGGUCUCAAGAGGCUGUGAGCAGAUAUUUCUACUGCAAGAUCCAGCAGCGCCGGCAGGAACUGGAACAAUCUCUGGGAGUGCGCAACACAUAAGUCCUGCUCAUAAGAUCCCAUUGGCAUCAUGACCACCAAACCAGUGGACUUUUCAGUGUUACUUAGCUCACUGUUACACAUGGACCUGCUUCCUGACUGGAUGAGAAUGUACCAUCAACACACCAGUCAGAACACCAGCUUUAGAGUGACCCUUGAAAAUCUUGCCCAUGGGGGGUGUCUCAAACCAUUCCAGGCCAGAGACAGCACCAUACAAGUGUCAGUGUUAAAGAAGAUUAAAGGUUCAUUCAUCAACGCACAUCAUUAAGUUUUAGUGGAAAGUUCAGCCACUACACAGCAAAUCCUAAUGGGCUAUGCAUGGAAUCAUGGGUAGCAUUGAUGGGGGAGGUUGAGAUGGGUGUUAUAGGAGGCUACAGAUUUAGAGAAAUAAAUACAGUUCCUAUCCUCUGUUACCUAAGAGUCUCAAAUAGUAACUUCUCUGGAAUU